AUGAAAUUCCUCAUUUUCCUUAUUCUUCAAAUAAAUUUAUUUUUAAAAAUAUUCUGUUCUGAAGAAGAAUCAUCUACUGCUAGCAGCAUUAUUCUCCCUCCUCAACCUCCUCCCCCUCAUAAUGUCAGAACUUGUAAUUUUGUUGGUGAUACAACAGGAUAUUUACGUCCCUGUUAUUUCACAAAUUGGGCACAAUAUAGAGAUGGUAGAGCCAAAUUUGUUCCAGAAGAUUAUGUUCCAAGACUUUGCACACAUAUACUCUAUGCUUUUGCGCAAUUUAAUUCUAGCUUUAUUUUAUCACCAACAGAUCCAGCAGAUUUACCAAAUGAAUCGGACCCUAAAGGUUUAUAUCAACGUGUUGUUGAACUUAAAAAUUAUGAUUAUGGCCUCAAAGUAUUAAUUUCUGUCGGUGGAUGGACUUUAAGUCAAACAAGUCUUUUUGAAGAUAUGAUGUCUAGUAAAGAAAAUCGGACAGCAUUUAUUACUUCCUCAAUUAUUUUUAUGAGAAAAUAUGGCUUUGAUGGAAUUGAUAUGGACUAUGAAUAUCCAAAAAAUAAAACAAAUUUUAAUUUACUUUUUAAGGAAUUUACUGAAGCAUUUAAAGAAGACAAAAAACGAAAUUGUGAAAGACUUAUUAUAACAGCAGCUGUUUCGGCUGGAAUUGAAACUGCAAAACAGUCAUAUGAUAUUGCAAAUAUAUCAAAUUAUGUUGAAUUUGUCAAUCUGAUGACAUAUGAUUUCCACGUUAGUACAGAAAAUGUAACAGGCUAUAAUUCUCCACUAUUUACUAAAGACAAUUUAAAUAUUGAUUCGGCGGCUGAUUAUUGGGCUGUUGAAGGAAUGCCAAAAAAGAAAAUUGUAAUAGGACUUGCAACUUAUGGUCAUGGAUGGACUUUAGCAAAUCCAAACGGGUCAAGAAAACCUGUAGGAAGUGCUGCUAUUGGCCCUUCAAACGCUACAACGUAUUUAAAAUCUGAAGGGAUUGGAGCAUAUUUUGAAUUUUGUGAAAUGUUAACUGAUCCAACAACUAAACGUGCUUUUGAUUUAAAUGCAAAAGUGCCUUUUCUUAUUUAUCAAGAAAGUCAAUGGUUUAGUUAUGAUAAUAUUAAAAGUUUUAAAGCAAAGAUUGAUUGGAUUAAAGGAAAUGGUUAUGGAGGUGCUUAUGUUUGGACUUUAGAUUAUGACGAUUUUAAUGGGGAAUGCACAGAUAGUGUUGAUGGUAUUUAUCCUUUGAUUGGAACAAUUGCACGCAGAAUGGGAAAUGUUAAAGGACCACUAAUUCCAAUAUCUACACAAAAGCCUUUAAUAUGA